AUGGACGCCUCUGUGCCUGAUUCUGAAGGCCAAACUCCUCUUCUCUGGGCGAUUCAGUACAAACGAGUGGAUAUUGUCAAGUUACUGCUCCAGCGUCAAGAUGCCAAUCCCGGAACACCUAGCAGGAGCGGCGUCACCCCCUUACAGGUGUCCGUUGGCGUGAGAAGCUUACCACUUGUCGAAUUGCUCCUCCAACGCGAAGAAGUCAAUGCUCGCUUGACUGACGCAGGAAAAGCCAGUGCCCUUCACAUUGCUGCCGCGCGUGGGGAACUAGAGAUCGUGGAUCUCCUCUUGGAGCAAAACGGUCUUGAUGUAGCAUCCCCUGAUUCAACAGGGAACACUCCUCUACACUGGGCUGUCAGAAGUCGUGACAAAAAGUACCAUCCAAGUUUGGUUCCGAUAUACGAUGAUGAUGAUGAUGAAAAUAACGACGGCAAUGGAGACGACGACGACGAUAGUUAUACUUUCGACGAGCCACCCGGGUACAGAGAAGAAAGCCUCGACAUCAUCAAACGAUUACUAGCCAGACAAGAGGUCAACGCGGGAGGCUACGAUUGA